AAACCCGAAUCCUCCAUUCUCACGAUCCUUCCCCGAGGGCGCGUGUUGGGAGAAGCAGGAGGAGGCGGCGCCGCGCGGAUUCCUCCGAGCGAGGAUGGCGCGGUUCCAGAGGGAGGCUGGCCCCUUUUCUGGGCUGAUCUCAGCAGAUCCUUUCCCGUCUCUUCCUCCUCCUCCUCCACCACCAGCCAUUCCUAGUCCAGCCGGGAAAGCGUCACCACCUCUCGCCAUGGAGUACCAGCAAGCUGCUCAAUGGGCCGCCCAACACAUGGAGACCUACCAGAAAGACCCCAGUGGCUGGAGCGGUUAUAAGCGAGCGAAUAAUGUCACAAUAUCUUGGAGACCUUCAAAUGUAUUUCGUGGAAACAUAUACAGAGCAGAAGGAGUUUUAGCUGCAAAACCAGAGGACGUGUUUAAAUGUGUAAAGCCAGAGACGGGUGGACUUAGAGAAAAAUGGGAUGACAAUGUGGAUAAAACAGUAGUGAUUGAAUCCAUAAACAAUAAGGUUUGUGUCCUGAGAACGACUACCCACUCGGCUUUCAUGAAUAUGAUCUCUCCAAGAGAGUUCUUAGAUGUGGUCCUGAUCCAAGAGAAUGAGGAUGGCUCAAAAAUGACUGCCGCAACCAAUGUGGAACAUCCCCUCAGUCCACCUCAACCAAAUUACGUGAGAGGCCUGAAUUUCCCCUGUGGCUGUUUUCUCAUUCCUGUUCCAGGGGAUCCAAAUAAGACCCGCCUACUCAGUUUCUUUCAGACGGAUCUAGGUGGAAACCUUCCACAGAAAAUCGUUGAAUCUUUCUUACCAAGGAGCAUAACCGCGUUUUACGGGAACUUGGCUAAUGCAGCUGUCACAUUAGUAUAGAGUCGAGGUGGCGCAGUGGUUAGAGUGCAGUACUGCAGGCUACUUCAGCUGACUGCUAGUUCGGCAGUUUGGC